AUGGAGAAAACCAGAGAAUCCUCACCAGCCCUGCAGGGCGGAGAAUCUGACUCUGGAGCCAACCUUUGGGCAGAGAAUAUGAUUCUAGGGCCACCAAUGCAGCCCCUGACUGAGGGUAAUACUACUCUAAGAAGUCAGGUCAUGCCCAGCCUGGCCACCCCAAUGAUGCCUAUACCAUUCUCACCUGAGCAUCUCAGCAAGUUUCAUGUUAAUCCUGCCAGUCUCUCAGGGUUUCUUGCUCAGGCAACAGCCUACUUCACGGCUCUCAAGAAUUCCAAUACUGCUGAUAAUGCCCAGGUCAUGUCCUUUUUGGAGUACAUAUCUCGGCAGAUGGAAAGAUAUGGGACCCUACCUGGAUCUGAGCAGAAUACUUUGAUGAAACAAUACGAGAAAUUUCUUUUUGAGGUCCAACAGUCAUUUGGCGAGUCCACAAAGCAAGAAGCGAAGCCGCUGGUGAAUGCUCAUGCUGGCAAAAGGAACACCACCUCUCAUCACGAUGCUACCACCUUCCAGCUCCUUCCUCAAAACUCCAACUCAAAUGAAAUCAUCGUGAGUGACCAGCUCCAAGAGGGAAUGGCUAAACCUAUCCACGGUGAGGUGAGUGGAGCUGAUAUGAUGGAAAACCUCCCAGAUCUGAUCGUUCAGUGCAUUCAGUUGGAUAGGAAACAUGAUGACAAACCAGAGCUACUACAACCACAAGCUCAGCUUCCAAUCCACCAUCAAUACGUCCCCAGUUUGACAGGUCCACCAGCCAAAGAAGAGCCUAUACAACUGCGGGGAGGCCAGCUGCCUCUCACACCAGCCAAGCGAGCCCGCCAGCAAGAAACCGAGUUGUGCCUCUACUGCAGCCAGCCUGGCCACUUCACAGCAGAUUGCCUCGCCAAACGUUCUCGAGCCUUAACAAGGACAAACAACUCAACCCACCAGUAA